CGAACGUUGCAUUCGAUCCAAGCGCUUGGCAGUCAUCGUUCACAAUCCUUGCAAAUAAUAAUAAUAUAUUUUAAUUUUCGAUACCAAUGUGCAAAUUGCAAAAGUUUUGUGUCAAUGCCAAAAAUUAGCAAAACGGAUACCAAAAACAAACUAUUCAAACAAUUAGGAUUGGACAAAAGUCUGUCGUGCAGCAAAGGAUCUCGCACGGGCAACUCGGCCAACAAUAAGGAACUGAAAGUUUUGACGCUGCUGCAAACUGUGCCGUGAACUGUUGAACUUUGAACCUGAAGCUACACCAGCCAGCAUUUCAAAUCUAAAUCGCGCAGCUCUGUGAAAAUUGGAAUUAAAAUUUGGCAUUAAAAAACGGCUAAACAAUUGAACUCAUCAAGCCCCGAGAAAUCAGCCUAAGCAAACGCGGCAAAAUGGUCUACACGGAACGCACCGACCUGUGCCUCUCGAGCAGCAAGGACAAUGCCGGACAGGGCAAAUCCCAACCGAAGACAACGUCCAGCCCCAGCUCCAGCUCGGGCGCCUGGAGCAGUCAGGCCUCCAGCGCCGAGAAAUGGAAGUACAAUAAUAUGGUCAAGGAUAAU